CCAAUCCCUCUCUUUCUCUCCCUCUUUGCGCCAAAUUCCUCUUCCUCACCCCUGAUCCCUCACCUCUUCCUCUCUCGAUUCCUUUCCUUCCCUUUUCUCUUUGUGCUACACCGACCACCGUCUGCAUCACCUCCGCCCAUCAUGGGCCGAUGAUAGGUCCCCGUCGAUCUCUACGUCCACCAGCACCAGAUGUGGCUGCGACGAGGGAGGAGGCCAACUCUCGGCCGAUCUUCUUCUCCACUCGAUCCUCCGCCUCUUCAUUGCGAUCUCGCUGCGUCACUCGUCCCCCGUGCGUCGCCACCCUUAUUGAAGCCACAGAUCGGCGCUAGCCGGCCAUCAGCUACCCGAGCCCUAUCGCCCGCCCUCUCUUCCUUCUCGCUGCCGAUUUCCUCUUUCUCUCCCGAUCCUUUGCUGAUCUCCUUCAUCUCCUGCCAUAGCUCCAUCCAUAAGUUUUGACAGCAGCUCCCUUGUUGUCACCUUGGAGAUUAAAUUUGAGCUCUAUGGCAUCCUUUGGAAAGCUUAAAAUCAAAUCUGAUGGUGAUGACACAAUUCAUGCUUCAAGCAAGAGAAUAGGACAACCUGCAACGAUUGGGAAGGGCAAAGAAAAAAUUGCAUCUACAUCCACUAACAACGGUUUAGAGGUUGAGACAAUGCUGGAAUCUACUGACAUUGAAACAACAAGAACAUCUAGAGGUCGUACCCAUCUGGAUAAGCUUACUAAACAAAGGGUUCAAGGAAUUCGAAAGGAGGUAAGAUUUAAUAAACUUGGACAGCCAGUAGGAGAAACUGCUGUUGAAAUGCAAAGUUACAUUGGCUUGCUUGCUCGAGAAAAGGUCAAGAUAUCUUACAAGACGUGGAAACAAGUUCCAAAUGAAGUUAAAGAAUUGAUAUGAGAAUCAGUUAAUCUGACAUAUGAUGUUCCCCCAAGUUGGAAGAAGGGAUGUUUGAAUUCAGCAAGUAAUAAGUGGCGUCAGUUUAAAUCCCAUCUCACUCAGACAUUCAUUUCAAAGAAGCUUGACAAACUCGAAGAGUUGGAUGAACCACCUAGUGGCUAUGGUCUUGCAAGAGAUGAUUGGAUUUCUUUUGUCAGGACUCGCAUGUCUGACGAUUUUAUUAAACUAAGUGAACAACAGAAGGAGAAAAGAAAGAAGAACAUAUACCCCCAUCGUCUUGCUCGUAAAGGAUAUGCACGAUAUGCUAAAGAAAUAGCAAAUGAAUUAUGUGACGAUGAUGAAAUCAAUAGAGCUAUUAUUUGGAAGAAAGGAAGGGUUAAUAAAGAAGGGAAAUUUGAUGGCCAAGAGUUGAAACAAACAAUAGACAAGAUUGAUGAUUAUAUACAACAGAAGCGUAAGGGUACACUCAAAAUUAAUGGGACAAAAGAAGAUAUUCUUACCAAAGCACUCAAUUCAAGAGAACAUAGUGGACGUGUGAGGGUUGUUGGAGGUCAUAUCACUCCAUCAUUGUUCUUUAAUGUUAGUAGAUGGAAGACUGACAAUGUUGAUAGAGAGCUACUGAUUGAGCAAAAGAGAGAGUUGGUGGAGGCUAGAAAAUUAAUUCAAGAACAAGAUACACACAUUCAAAAACUUGAAGCAAUUGUCUACAAAAAGGGUGCAUGGGGCAGUGACAUUGAUGACAAAGGAAGUUGCUCGGUAAAGUUACCUCAACAAAAUGACAAUAAACUGAACACCGAUAAGACUUUCUCCAGUUAUGAAGAGUUCAAUGAUGUCGAAAUGCAAGUUGUGGAUAAAGAAGUUGCUUUACAGCUAUAUAAGUUGUGGUUAUAUUUAUUAUUAAAAUAAAGAGUUAGUAUAAUUCAAUGACACAACUAUUUAUCUUUUAGGGUAAAUCAGUUAGUUUGACAUUGGAUUCUAGCACAGACAUUGUUGCAUAUGGUACAGUUGUUGAGGUCAUUAGAGUUAAUCACUCACUCCAUGGUGUUCCGUUACCCAAGAAUUGUAUGUGUGUAUCCAUCGAUGAAGCAAUGCAGAAAUCAGCAUGUUUGCCAGUUCCAAUUCCCAAUGAAUGUGAAACUAUUGGUGAUGCUGUUGGAACCCAUGUGGCUUGGCCAAAACACCUGCUGAUGCUACGACAAAAGGUACAUCUAAGAUAAUAUUUCAAAGUAAAUAUCUGUGAAACUAUUUAGUAUUGCACCUAUCUAAAAAGUUUACACUUACAAUUAUUAGAAGCG